GGACCUGAUUAUUGUGAUGGUGGCAGGCAGUGACUAGAGACUUCCGCCACUGCUUCCCAUAUCCGCGUUUUGCGCCGUCUGUCCUACUAUCUGGUUGCUUCACAAUCGGACUACCGAAGGCGCUUGUGCGCUUUCCCUCCAACUCAACAACAUCUUACCCGGGAUUUCUUUCAAACCAAAACCAGAUGAGAUGCAAGUUCACUGGGAAACUCUGGAGCCCGUUCGGUUUAGGCAGCAAAACUUUUUCUCAGAGGACUGCACGGUGAACCGGAGAGUGGACUGUUGCUGUGGCCGCCGCUGCUCCUCUGCGGGACGGUUUGUGCGCAUAUGAGCGCUGGGUGCCCGCUCGCACCGUCGCUGUACCGCUGUGUGUUUUUGCUCUUAUCAGCGUGGCAGCGGCUUUAUUGUUGAAUUCAGUUUGGGGGCUUUGUGUUGUUUGUGUUUAACACUUGGAAAGAGAAGAAGAGACGCUCAGCCGCAUGACCGAGAGCCUCGCAGCCCUUUAAACCUUCCACUCCCGGUUGUUGCCCUCUUCUUCAGCGGCCGUACCUUCCGCCCGCUGCCCGGCUGCUCGGGACCUUUCGCCGGCGGAGGACGCGCAGAGAAAGCGGACUCUAGGUGGUGGAGUGGAGGUGGAGGUGGAAGGAGGAGGAGGUGGCGGCGGUGGCGCUGAGCUUAACUGGGAGAAAAGUUCUUCCAAAAUAGCCGCCGCUCGGCCCCGUGAUGGGGGACUUCGCCUCCCCCGCUGCCGGACCCAACGGCAGUAUCUGCAUCAACAACAGCAUGAACCCGGCCGCCGCGAGCAUGGGGCCCGCCGCGAGCGUGGUGGGAAUACCUAAGCACAGCACGGUGGUGGAGAGGCUGAGGCAGCGGAUAGAGGGCUGCAGGAAACACCACAUAACCUGCGAGACCAGGUACCAGCAAGCCCACGCCGAGCAGAUGGAGAUAGACCGCAGGGACACGGUCAACCUGUACCAGCGGAGUCUGGAGCAAAGGGCCAAAAAGUCCGCCAGCGGCAGCAGCGGCACCAAGCAGCCCCAGAGCAAGCAGCUGGACCCGGACUCUGCGUCCUCCGCGGAGCAGAGGAAUAACACGCUCAUAGCGCUCCAGGAGACUGUAAAGAGAAAACUGGACAGCGCACGAUCGCCCCUCAACGGAGACCAGAAUGGGAUCUGUGAUGGAGGCAAUUACUCGCCGACCACCAAACGGGUACGGAAGGAAGGCUCCAGCGGCAUGGACUCACUAACAGGACUCCCUAACAACAAUAAUAAUAACAAUGUGCCGCCCAUCUCUCCACUGCAUCACCAAAUGGACAUUAAGCCCUUACACUGUGGGCCUAACACUUCUGCCGGUAACAACACUACAAACAGCAAUGGGAACCAUGUAGGCCGGACAUCGGAUGAGCUGGGGAAGAACGGUGGCAGCCACCUUCCAGACAUGAAGCUAAAUGGUUCACUGGACUUGGAGGACAGCUUCGGCCUCCUCAAGGACUUGAAACAGGAGCCCCUGGAUGACGGGGGUGGAAUGGAGUCGUCUGAUCCCCAGUCUCUGUCCAAUCAGAACAAGCUGUUCUCUGACAUUAACCUCAACGACCAGGAGUGGCAGGAGCUGAUCGAUGAGCUGGCCAAUACUGUGCCAGAGGACGAUAUGCACGACCUCUUCAACGAGGACUUUGACGAAAAGAAAGAGGCUGAGUUUGGCAGGCCGGCAAACAAUCAGACGCCGGGCCCACAGGAAGCAGCCGGGAAUACGACAACAGCGGGAGGGGGGGCAGCGCCAGCAGCACUGCCUCCUCCUCCACCUCAGCCUCCACAGGGAGGCCCACAGGUUCCCAUGGGUUCACCACAGGUGCGACCAUCUUCAUCAGGCCCUCAGUUUGCCACCACUGCCAAUGGGACGCCUCCUCAGCAACCUUUGCAGCAGUCUCCAGCCGUUGCUAUGGCAUCAGGUUCGCCAUUGCACAACUGCGUGGCUCGCUCCCCUCAGACUCCAACCCAAGCUCAGACACAAGCAGUCUCUAGGCCUGGGAAUGGAUACAUGAUGAAUCCGGGGCCAGGAGUCAGUCAGGCGGGCACUGGACCUGGAGCAGCCGGGAUACCGCCUGGAAAUCAGUCUGUAGGACCAGUAACGCCUGAGCUUUCCCAUGCAGAGCAGCUGAAAGCAUUUGCUCAGCAGCGUAAUAAAAUGAUGCAGAAGCAGCAGCAGCAGCAAGCAGCUAACUGGUCACCUGCAGCCGCUCCAACCAGUCCCUAUAACUCUGCUCACUUUAACCACGACAAACCCAACAGCCCCAUGAUGUAUCCACCGCAAGCCUUUAAUACACCACAGGGCCCUCUAGUGGGUGGCAUGGCCCCCAACAAUGGUCCCAAAGCCCCCAUGAACAACUACCUCCCUCACAACCACAUGGGCAUGAUGGGCCAGCAGCAGCCAAACAGCAUAAACCAGAACGCCCUGUCCAAACAGCAGCAACAGCAGCAGCAAACAGCAGGCAUGUUGUCCUACAGCAACACCAAACCGCUGAGUCACUUCAGUGGCAGUGGGGUGGAUCACAUAGGUCAGAGAAUGACCCCGCCCAUGCCAGGGAACAGUCAGGUCAAGAACCCCAUGAUGCCACCUUAUAUGGGCGGUGCGGGAGGUGGUGGCCAGGGUCCGGGGCCAGGGCAGACGCAAGGGCCAAUCCCAGGACAGACAGCUCACCUGAGUGAAGAGCAGAAGAGGAUGUUACUGAUGAAGCAGAAAGUGUUGAACCAGAACAUGCCCUACAACACCAUGCAGCCUCAUGGACAGGAGCAAGGUGUGGUGGGGAUGUCACGACCACCUGGUGCCAUACCACCUCCUCACCCCGCUGGCGGUGUUGCCUCUGGGGUGGGCCCCAACCAGGGAUCAGGUCCGCCUCCAGUCUACCGGCAGGACGUGAUGAAGCAGAUGAUGGUGAUGGAGCAGGAGAAGAGGGCGCAGAUGCACAUGAUGGAGCAGCAGAAACAGCAGCUCUUAAGAGAGCAGAGACAACAGCAGCAGCAGCAACUCUUGGCUGAACAGCUCCAGCAGCAGCAACAUCUCCCCAGACAAAUCGGCCAGGGCCAGAGGAAUCCAUAUCCCCAAGUCAAUCAGUACCAAGGUACCCCUCAGGCUCUCCAGAACAUUCGGGCUACCCGCCUCCUGCAGCAGCCGCAACCUCAGCAGCAGAUGGUCCAGAUGAGUUCUGUUCAGGCCCAGGGUGGUUCUGUAGGACCCCAAACUGACAUGGGACUACCCUACAGUAACCAGGGAUCCAACCAGGGUUCCCUGUAUGGGCUCAACCCCUCCAUGAGCCAAAUGAUCCACCAGCAGCAGCACCAGAGCCAAAGCGUCCAAGCCUCCAUGGGUCUUCCGCCACAGCACAACCCCACCGGAGGGCCACCCCGGCAGGCAGGUGCGGGUCCUGGAGUCGGAGGUAUGCCUGGAGGACCCGGAGGUGGUGGAGCUGGAGGUUAUGGAGGGCAAGGGAUGUUAAUGAACUCCAUGACCCAACAACCUCUUAAAGGACCUCCUAAUGCCAAAGCUCAAACACAGAGACUGCAGAGCAUGCUGGGAGGAGGCGGUGGGGGAAUGGCAGCAAGUGGCUGGCCGCAGCAGCAAGGACAGAGUCUGCAGGCCAUGGGGGGUGGAGUUGGAAGGACUACAGGAGGAGGGGGAGGAGAUAUGGUGGGGUUCAGCUCUGCCCAGGGUUAUGGGAUGCAGCCGGGUCAACCCCCACGCAUGGCUAAACAACACUUUCAGGGCCCGGGACAAGGGAUGGGCCAGGGGAUGGACCCCAGGUUGGGCAACCCAGCUGCGGGUAUGGCUGGCCCAAUGAUGGGCCCUCACAUGGGUGGUCAACCAAGGACCAACCAACCCCGCCCUAUGGUUAUGAACCAGGGAAUGAACCAGGGGGUGAUGGGCCAGGGAAUAACUGGGAUGGGGGGUUUCGUGCCAGGCCCUGGGGGGCCAGGAUUAGGGGCAAGUGGAGGUGGAGGAGGUGGAUCUUACGGACCAGGGGCAGUCGGGGUUGGAGGUCAGCCGCAGGGCUACCAGAGGACAGCCAAUCAGGACAUGUCAUCCUAUGGAUACGGGGGCGGGCCCUCAGGCGGAGGAGCCUUCGGAUUGGGCGACGGCUCGGGGGCAGAGCUGGACUCAAGUGACGGUUGGAUGGAGGAGUUUUUCUCGAGCUAAUAGCCAACGGGGAAAGUUGUUACUGGAUGAAAUAAAAACGUUUAAAGUUGGACAAAUUUUAAAACCUGAGAAAGUAAAACAAAAACGACAACAUGACGUGGACUGGCAUGUUUUUGUUUUGUAAAACAUGAGCAAGAUUAUAAAUGAGUUCCUGUGUUACGUUUUGUGCGUAUGUAUGUGUGUGUGUGUGUGAUGGAGAGAGCUAUCAUUUUGUCUUGUGCAUAUUAAUGAAAAACCAAUAUAGAGAUUAAGAAGUGUGUUUCCUAAUUUUCCCUUUUUUCUCUAUGGAAUAAAUUUUCUUCAGUGUUUGAAAGCGAGGCCCAUUCACACAGCAGCGCUUUGAGCCCGAGCUUCAGCAGGGGCUGAUUGGAAACUGUAGACUGAUGAAGGGGAAGCAAGACUUGUUCUCAAGACAGCAAUUUAUUUGUGUUUGUGUGUUUGUGCCACCCUGAUCAGUGCUUCAGAUCUCUCAACUACGCGAGGAGCUGAAGGGAGUAGAAAGCACUCUCAACGCUCCCAUUCCUCCUCUUAGAUUUGAGCCCCCCCCUCGUACAGACACACAAACACACACACACUCACAAAUCUGAUUCCCUCACGCUCCUUCACUCUGUUCCUUUCACUUGGUUUCCCUCUCAUCCUCCAUUCCUCUCUCCUCCCGUCUUUCCCACCCUCUCUCCAGAGACUCGUUCCUCGCUCUCAACGCUCCUUUCUCUGUUUAAACUGUGCACAUCACAACAGAACAAAUGAUGCUCCUCUAUUGUGCCACGCAGGCUCGCUCUGCCCUCUAGUGCUUUUGCUAGGCAACCGACAUGAGUGGCAUUUUUAUUUUAUUUUUUUAAAGGGGGGUUGUGGUUCAUUUCCUGUGUUGUGUCGCUGUGGUUGCACAUGUAGACAAAGACAAAGGCAGUAAAAAGCUGAGAAAAGGAGGAGAGAAUAGGCAGCUAAAGCAAGCACACGUAGACAACAACAAACAGACAAACAAGCGUCAGCCCGGGAGGAUGUGCAGAUGUGUGAGAGGCAGCAAACAGAACUAAUAUUAGGCUACACAUUAAACCUUCUGUCUGCGUGACACAAACCACAUUGCAUGCAUCAGGCAGACAGAAACGAUCGCUGGGCACUGAAUGUAUUCAAGCACCACAAGUGACUUCUUCUUCUUAAAGAGACGAGAAAAAAGCUCAUUGAAAAGCCCGCCCGCAGUGUUUUAUUUUGUCGCUGUGUUUUUCUUUUACAGUGAAUCUGGUAGUUUGUCAAUUACACACGGAAAAGAAAGUUUAAAUUAGUUUUUGCUGAGUUUUGUUUCUUAGUUCGUCAUCUUUUGAAAAUCUGUUUGGUAAAAAAUCUGUGGCUCAGCUUGUCGUCACUCACCGUAGCCCUGCUUUACAUCGUGGCUUCUCUCAGCUGUAAAACGCCCUCGUUUCAAACUAUAACUGUGCUAUACUGUAACACUACUGUGAAGAAAUACAAGUCGGGCCCUUCUGGCGCUUUACAAGGAAAAUGAACCACUGCUAAGCCUUGAGUUUGUUUUAAAGAGAGAGAGAAGCUUCAGAUAGCCUUUAAGGGACAGCUCACCCCAAAGAUAAAAUUCUCCUACUUUUCAUCAGGUGUGCAGUUUUAUUUGUCCUUCGUCCGGUCAGCUGCAGAGAUUUCAACCUUCACUUAAGUGUAAUGGAAAUAAAUUGCAUUGCAGAAAUCAUGAUCUGGUUACUCAGAAAACAUCCACAAAUCUUGUGCUUUACCAAACUACAGCCACCAACAACGUCAAUGUGCAGAAGUAAGAGUGUAACUACCAAUGAUGAGAAGCUUGUACAAUAGUAGUGAUGGAGUUGAGUGUCAGUGCUAACUACACACUUCUAUUGGCUGUAAUUCAGUAUAAAGAAAGAAAAUCUGUUGGUUUUGAAGUCCUAAUGUUGGCUUGUGGCCACUACUCUGAAGGUUUUUCUGACCCAAAUAUGACUCUAUUUGUAUGAGACAGUGGACUGCUAAGCUAUGAGCUCACACUUGCAUGCUUGGUUAGGAAACCGCAUCAUUAAACUGUACAGGUGCACUGCACAGCCACAGGUACCUGCUAGUUAGUGCCAACUAACAGAUUUAACAUGCGAGCAUUUUACUCAUCAAAACUGAAGCAUGGGUUGCUCCAAAAGACACCGAAUGGUGAGAGGUCCAGUUCAGUGACCCCAAUUGGCAUUUCUGAGGCUUAUCAGACAGCCAUCAUCUGUUGCUAUCAAAGUUACCAUGGGAUGGGUGUAACAUAUAACAAAACUAUACCCAUUGCACAGGUGAUAUAAAGGGGUAAGUUAUCUCUAGAGAUCAAUGCCAUAUUUGUUUUGCACCAGGGUGUAAACAUGUUUAAUUCUGCUGUAAAACUGGGCAUUUUAACAUGGGAGUCUGUGGGGACUGAAUCAUAUUUGAAGGCAGCCUCAAGUGGCCACUAGAGGAACUGCAACUUUAAUUAUUAUUAUUUUUAUUAUUUAUUAUUUUACACACGAUUUAUGUGAUGUUUGGAGUAACCGUUUCAUGCUUCGUAGAAUAAAAAUAUUUGCAAAAAGUGCUGUUUCAUAGAGAUGAAUAAAGAAAACUGGAGGCUGAAGGAAAAACAUAUAAAAUGAAGGCUGGGGUGAUCAGUCCCUUUUAAGUGUAACAGCAGUUAGUAUCGAGAUAAUCAGUGCUUCCACUGAAGUUAGUGUCUCCCUUCCCUCUCGACUUCCUCUGCCCUGAUGUGUGCAUAAUGAAUAUGUGUCAAAAAGGUUUUAUUACUGUACUUGUUGGUAACAUCUUACAUCGCUAACGCUUUAAAAGAUGAAUGAAAGCGUGUCUGCAUUACUUUGUAUUUAGCUCAUCAGAGUGAAAGUUUGGAGGACGAUGCUGUAAUCAACAAAACCAAAAAAGCCUUCUUCUCUGUAAACUAACUCCUUGUCAUCAUCUGUUCUCAUGGUUGUUGGUGUUGUAUAAUCCAACCCUUUAAAUACGAACUUUAACCACCACGCCCGUCGUCCUGUAAGCGCCGCUGCUUUUGGCAGCACCCGCGAAUGAAUUUCUGUACUUUUUGGGGGGUUUCUGUCACCUUUGGGGAGUCCUCCAUCUCACUGUAUGGAGACUGAAUGUCAAGGAUGGGCGGAUAUGUAGGGGUUUUAUAGCAUUCCCGAGUUUUACCAGGGGGAGCACGGUCACAAAUUUAAAACCCUCUCGGUCGUUGAGCCUGCCUCGUGUAGGAAAAGCAGCGGAGCGCCCAAACCUGCGGGGGCUCCGAUGCUCAUGCUUCCAAAAGUUUGAUGCUAGUCCAGGCAGGCUCAUAAAUCACAUGUUAGAGGCAGUUUGUGGGAAAACACCUGAGGUUUACGAGUCCAACGCGGAGGCAGGAAGGUAUAGAAACAUGUGUGGGUCAGUGUUAAGGUCACAGCCAAAGUGAGGCGGCGUGACCUGGUUUGAAAUCCCUUCAGGAAGAGAAAGGAAGCUUCCUCCAAAUAUCAUUAUGUACCGGGACCAAGUCUGUAGACAACAUUUUAACGAAAACUGUUGUUAUUGAUGUUCUUUGUUUUAUUUUAUUUUUUUUUACUGGUGCUGACAUAUAUGUGAUUAUGAGAAAAAAAAGUAUAUAAAAGAUAAUGGCUAUUUGUAAAUAUGUUUUUACAGGUUUAAAUACAUCAGAUAAUACAGUCUCUACUCUGUAAAGAAUUUACUGUUUGUUGGAAAAUAGAGAAGUAUUUUUAUUUUGAAGUUUUUUGGUUUCACUUUUAACCCAUCUGAGCUAUGCCAUUGCACUUCAGACAAUGUCUUACUACUAAUUUGUAUUGUAAACCUCCUCUCUUUUUUGGAAUUUUUUUCAGUUGUUUUUUCUAGUUUGAGAUUUGACUCGGUUCUUAAGCAGUGCUUAUUUCUUUUUAUCCUGUACAGAAUUCUGAAAAUGUUAACAAAAGAUAAUUACAAGAGACUUUUUUUGUUUGUUUUUUCAAAAAGAUAAAAUAAAGAGAGACUAUUCUCGCUGAUCAUAUUACAUGAAAGCUUCUGUUUACACUGGGUUCAUUUACAUCAUUUACACAGC